CCAAACUUUCAUUAACUCGGCGCACCGGCGGCGGCGGCUCUGGGCCUGCCACGGCACCGACACCGGCACCAGCACCGGCAACAGGCCGGGCGCGGCGGGGCUGCGCCCCCUUCGGCCCACCCGGCGCGGCGGGAGGCGCCAGACGGUGGCAUGGACAUGCUUGCUCUGACGGUGGAUUGAAGUGCCAGUGCAGGUGCUGUAGCCAGUGCAACGGAGAGUGAGCAGGCAAGGAACCUCACGGUGGGCAUCAACACUGCACUCCAGCCUCCAGAGAUGGCCGAUAAGUGCAGCGAGGGGCUGCUGAACGGCACCGUGCCCGGGGAGCAGGGCAAACAGAACAAGAGCGUCAAGCGUGGCAACUGGGGAAACCAGAUCGAGUUCGUGCUGACCAGCGUGGGCUACGCCGUGGGGCUGGGCAACGUUUGGCGCUUCCCGUACCUCUGCUACCGCAAUGGGGGAGGUGCCUUCAUGUUCCCCUACUUCAUCAUGCUGGUGUUUUGUGGCAUCCCCCUAUUUUUCAUGGAGCUGUCCUUUGGGCAGUUUGCCAGCCAGGGCUGCCUCGGCGUCUGGAGGGUCAGCCCCAUAUUCAAAGGCGUGGGCUACGGGAUGAUGGUGGUGUCCACGUACAUCGGGAUCUACUACAACGUGGUGAUCUGUAUUGCCUUCUACUACUUCUUUGUGUCCAUGACACGCGUGCUGCCCUGGACGUACUGCAGCAAUCCCUGGAACACACCUGCCUGCGUGGGUGUGCUGGAUGGGAACAUUUCCAGCCGUGCUGCCCUCAACCUCACCCACCUCCUCAACACCACCCAGAAGCGCACCAGCCCCAGUGAGGAAUACUGGAGGAGGUAUGUGCUGGACCUGUCAGAUGACAUCGGGAACCUGGGCGAGGUGCGGUUGCCCCUCCUGGGGUGCCUUGGUGUCUCCUGGGUUGUCGUCUUCCUCUGCCUCAUCAAGGGCGUCAAGUCCUCGGGGAAGGUGGUGUACUUCACAGCUACCUUCCCCUACGUGGUGCUCACUAUCCUCUUUGUGCGUGGCAUCACGCUGGAGGGGGCCCUCACUGGCAUCAUGUACUACCUGACACCCCAGUGGGACAAAAUCCUCAAUGCCAAGGUGUGGGGUGAUGCAGCUUCACAGAUCUUCUACUCACUGGGCUGUGCCUGGGGUGGGCUCAUCACCAUGGCUUCCUACAACAAGUUCCACAACAACUGCUACCGGGACAGCAUCAUAAUCAGCAUCACCAACUGCGCCACUAGUGUCUAUGCUGGCUUUGUCAUCUUUUCCAUCCUGGGCUUCAUGGCCAACCACUUGGGCGUGGAUGUCUCCAAGGUGGCUGACCACGGCCCUGGUCUGGCCUUUGUUGCCUACCCUGAAGCUCUUACCCUGCUCCCCAUAUCGCCCCUCUGGUCCAUCCUCUUCUUCUUCAUGCUCAUCCUCCUAGGGCUGGGCACACAGUUCUGCCUGCUGGAGACACUGGUCACGGCCAUUGUAGAUGAGGUGGGCAACGAGUGGAUCAUCCGACGGAAGACCUUUGUGACACUGGGGGUGGCCGUGGCAGGCUUCCUGCUGGGUGUCCCACUCACCACACAGGCGGGCAUCUACUGGCUCCUGCUGAUGGACAACUAUGCUGCUAGCUUCUCCUUGGUCGUCAUCUCUUGCAUCAUGUGUGUGGCCAUCAUGUACAUCUAUGGGCACCGCAACUACUUUAAGGACAUUGAGAUGAUGCUGGGCUUCCCACCUCCACUCUUCUUCCAGAUCUGCUGGCGCUUCAUCUCACCUGCCAUCAUCUUUUUCAUCCUGGUCUUCACAGUGAUCCAGUACCGGCCCAUCUCCUACAACGACUAUGUCUACCCCACCUGGGCUAUCAGCAUUGGCUUCCUCAUGGCACUCUCCUCUGUCAUCUGCAUCCCUGUUUACGCCAUCUACAAAGUGUGCCGCUCUGAGGGGGACACACUGCUGGAGCGCUUGAAAAAUGCUACCAAGGCAAGCAAGGACUGGGGCCCAGCGCUGCCAGAGCACCGCAGUGGGCGCUACGCCCCAGUGUUCAGCCCCUCCUCCGAGUCCCACAUGGAGGUGCAGCCCCUGCAGCCAGAGAAGGGCAGCAGCGAGGCGGCAGCUGCCUCCCCCGUGCAGGGCAGCAACGGCUCAGCCCACAGCCAGGACUCCAGACUGUGACCCCUCUCUGUCCCCAUACCCCUCUAACCCUUCCUGCGCGGUGACACUUUUGCACCUUCCGCUGGCGGAGCCUGGCUCCGGGCUGCACCGGACCGUGGGGGGCUCUCAGCGCCUGUCCCCGAGACCCCCCCCACACCUCCUUGCCGGUUAACCUCCCCUGCCAUCCCACCCCUCCACACACACCUCCCCCACCCCCGUGGCGUUCGUUAACCCUCAUGUUUACGGUAACCUUUGUGCGCGACGCUGGGACAAGAGAGGAGGGGGCACAGCCCCGGGAGGGCCGGGAGCCAGAGGCACUUCGCAGGGGUCCUGCCCUGAGGAGAUGCACUGGAUGGGGGAGUGGGGAUGUCCCCCGGCUCUUGGCCCCCCCGCAGCCAGUCAGCUUGCCCCGCCAUGAGGCACCCUUCUGGCCUACCUGUGGGAAGGGUGUGGGGUGGGACCAGGGCUGGGGCACCGCCAAGACUGUCCACAGUUGCCCCAAGCUGUGUGUGCACAGGGCUGUUGUGGCAGGCGUUGGCACUGCAGGGAAUCCCAGCCCAGGUGGGCACCUGCUGUGGCUCAGAGCCUGCAGGCUCCCAUAGAUGUGGCCAGGGAUGGUGCCAGGCACCAGGCCAGCAAGGUGAGAUGGGGACAAGCAUGCUGCCUGAUUAGGCAGCAAGAUCUCAUGGCACAAGACACAAGCACUUAGAGCAUAUGUGUGCACAUAUGAAUCCCUCACAGACAUAGUAUGGGCAUACAUGUGGCACACGUAGGCAUGCACAUAUGCACGGUACCCUAGGACUGUGCAGUUAGCAAGCUGGUGUUCCUCACCCCACCCCCCAUGCACCCCUCCACCCUGCAGCCCCAGCAGGGGACUGUGGGUGCCUGCCUGGGUGGCCAGGCACUGCCCGCAAAGCUGGGCACAGUUGUAAACAGUGUGGGCACAGCCCAGUGCUGCUGAUUGCCUGUGGCAGGGCAGGAGGCUGGGGAGCACUUAAACCUGGCCAGAGGGUGACAGGGCAGGGCAGGGGUUGAGCUCUCCCUGGUAGCAUCAGCACGGGGGGACCUCCCAUGGUGCUAAAGGGGAGCAGGACGUACUGACAUCUACCCUAGUGAGGUACCAGCAGAGAUGCAGGGGGCUGCAGCAGCCCACUCACUCUCAGCCACCUGGGGACACUUGGUUCCUAACCAGUAUUAGUGGAGCAGGACGCACUGGCAAGGGCCAGGCGGUUUUUAAAUCUGUCUUCCAGCGCCAGCCAAAGGGCUUGGAGCUCUCGACUUGGGGUGGGGUGCGUGAAACUCUUCCCACCUCGCUGCUCUCCCAGCCAGCGUCCUGCGCUCCCCCUGCCGCAGCCCCGAGGCUGGCACAAGGACAUGGCGCAGCUUGGCAUGGCGGCGGGAGGGAAUGGGCAGUGGGUGCUGAGCCCUGGCAGGAUGUUCCAGCUCCCCCGUCCCGAGCCCCCCGCUGUGCUGCGGCGAGGGGCACAGGUUCCUGCAUGGUGCCCGUGCCCUGCCCCACGUGUCACGCCACUACUCUUCACCUCUAAUUGUUAGCAAUAACGCGCGUCCCUGGGCAGCGCUACCUGUGCCAGUGAAUCUCCCGGUGUAGAGUUCUAAAGUAUCCUAGAUUUUAAUGAAAUUUAUAUUCCUGA